UACCAACAUGGCGGAGGUACUGGAAGAUGAAGAUAUGCAAGUCUUGAGGUUGGAGUUUGAGUGGUUGCUGCGUGAACAUGUACCGAAGGUGCUGAUCCAACUUGGAAACAUUUUACAGGAAUGUUCAAAAUGUUUAAAACUAACAAGUGUACCAUCAAAGGGACCCACAGGAGAAUUACAGGGAGAAAUAAAGCCACAAGAUUACUUUAUGCUUUCCACACCCAACAGUGAUGCCCUUAAAGGUUAUGUUGCUGUGGAAGGUGAAAACAUUUCAAAAGCUGACCUCAAAUUUAAACUUCCUAAAGUCUCAAGCUCUGGUUUCCGUGUGUUUGUUAGAGAGCGGCUGCCAUGGAAAUUAAAACAGAUUCAAGAUGCUAUAAACUACUUGCAACUUGCUAUUGAGAAGGUUCAAGAAACCAAAGCUAACUGUAAAUUUUCUUCUGGAAAAGAAGUCAGCAAGGUUGUAGAAGAAAUAACAAGCCUCUUGACAAAAGGAAAGACCAGACUAUCUUUGCCUGACAAAACACCAGUUUUAGAUAUGUUGGCAUCUGGUGACCAGAGAGUGUUCAAGCCUGGGUUGCCAGAUGAUGUGGUAGCAUACUUCUGCCUCAAUAGCGACAAACUUGUCUUGUCAAUUUACACUUUAACAACACUUCCUGUUCCACCUCAAAGUUCAAAGCCUCCUCAAGAGAAUGACCCUGUUGGACAGACAUUUGAAUUUAAUAACAAAUGGAUGGAAAUCACAAGUCACUUUGAGGUUGAUUGUUCAAUCCCAAGACUCAGUGAUUCUGUUUUACUCAUUGGAGCAGCACUGAGAUUGUGUCAACAAUUGAAAGACAAGUUUGCAGUUUUUUCUGUGCUUCCUGCAAGAUGAUCAUGGCAAUUUUGAGUCUUAGAUUGGAAAGAAGAUUUAUUUAUUUGAUAUGUCUUUUACUGCUCAAAUAUUGAUACCUCUGUUACACUAGCUGAAAUUGUAUGAUUGAGUAAAUUCCUCUUGUAAUUCCUGGUUAACCUUUAAACUCCCAGAAGUGAUUAACAAAUAACUUUUACCUAUAAUAUCUGUACACUAUCCUGUAAAAUAGGUAAUGAGAAUAUUCAAACUUAUUAGGUAGAAGCUAUUAUCUUGAUCUAAUACAAAAUUCUCAUAACUAAUUUACAAGGAAAUAUGUAGCAGCUAGAGGGGAGAAUUAACAAUCAGAUCUUGGGAGGUAAAGGGUUAAAUCAAGAAAGAAGUGAGGGUAUACAAUUGACAGUUUCUUAUGUUCUUGAAAACUGAGUUCAAGACCUCAACAUAAACAAUUAUGAUUAUGUUUUUCAAGUUCUUCACCCACUAAUGAAGGAGUAGUUAGUCUUUAAUGAGGUCCAACUAGAUUUUUGACCUCAUUUUAAAUAUUGAAAUACAUUGAUUCAACAGAUGGGAAUUCAAUUUUAUAAUUCAAUUUUAUUUAUUAAGCCUUUAAGACAGAGGUAUGUGAAUUUAUAAGAAAUGUUUGUUUUAGUGAGGUUUUUAUCAUCAGAUUAAACUUUUGAAUGACCUCUUAUUUCUCAGUUUGUUUCAUGAGUGAGAUUUCUAGUGAUCAAGUUGAGAAAUAUGAGGAGGCCCCAGAGUAGUAUAUGUGUAGCUGUACCCUACUUACAAAAUAAGGUUGGGAAGAUUUAUCUAUAUUUAAGGGUGUUUUUAAUAAAACAAUUAUUCCACUUGUGCUUGUUGGAUAUGAGAUGAUUUUAGCUUCCUCCAUUCUGGUGUACUUUUCUUCCUUUUUCUUUAUCACAUUUGAGCUGCUAAGAUGGGUCAACUAUAUUUUCCCCCCUAAGAUCAGCAAUUGCCCCAGGUUUAUUUUAAUUAGGUUUAAUGUAGGAAUGUUAACAAAAUACCUCUGUGACUGGCACAUAUCAAGAUGUGUAAGAGGCAGAGGUUUAUAUUUAGCUACCAAGGAUGGUUUCCCAUCAGAGGGACUUAUACUGGCA